UCCUCCCAUCGAUUCAUCGCACAGAUGAGGUGUAAACAUGUCGGUGAUGGGGGGUGGCACAAGAGGAUUUUACUUUAACACUGUUCUGUCUUUAGCUCGGUCUUUAGCCGCGCACCGCCCUGCACCAAUCGAAAAGGUCAAAAAGCUACAAUGCAUGUGUCCAGUGGAAGUGCGUGGUGUGUUUACUCUAGAUGUAAGAAGACGAGAUGCUGUGGUUGCCUUGGGGGUCUUCCUGGUAGAAUCUGGAUUACAGCACAAAGAAAUACUUGUUCCCUAUUUACUAAGCCUAUUGAAAGGGCUGCCUCAAGUUCAGUGGAUUGAGGAAAACUCCAGAAAGCAUGGAAAUGAAUUUCUGCCUGUUGCAGAAAACUUUGGAUUCUGUUUAGUGACACUUUUAGCAGAUGUUGCUCAGCGAGAUCCUCAUUUCAAGGAUGAGAUUUUGAACACAUUAAUGGAAGUUAUGCAGCUGUUGCAAGAGAUGUGCCAAAUCCCUGAUAAUCAUGACAAAGUUUAUCUCUGUAGGUAUGUGGUGCCAAGCCUUUUGGGCAUGACCAGGGCUUUUGGACGCUACAGCAUCACAGAUGAAGCACUGUUGUCCAAACUGUUCCCCAAAGACUCUCCUCAGACCCAUGCUGUGGUGGAGGAGCCUGAGGGAGUACGACGCAGAUCUUUCAAUGACUUCCGCUCCAUCCUUCCCUCCAGUCUCCUGACUGUGUGUCAGAGUGAUACAAUGAGGAGACGCACAGGUACCAGCCAUGACUCCUGUUCACAGGUGUGCACAGAUCCUGGAGGUCAUUCUCCCUGUUCUCCCACAGCUCCUGUUUCACAUUAUUUUGAAGGAGCGUACCUCUCAGAAAGCACCACAGUGGACCCAAACUUCUAUUUCUCGACUGUCAGCUCCAGUUUUUCCAUGUCUCCUCUGUUUAUGUGCACUGAAGAGCAAGAGGAGGAGGUGUCUGUGGAUCUGCUGAAGCAGCUACUUGGCAUGGUUAAAAAGUUAGUUUCAGACUCCUUCCUGAAAUCAGUGGAUGCCACAGUAUCUGAGGUUACAGAGUCUCAUCCUGGGAUUCAUCUUUUCUACAAAACCUUCAGUGACCCUCUCUACGUAUGUGUGUUCAAAAUGCUGCGAGACACACUCAACCAUAUCAGAGCUUUGCCAGCGGCUUUCGUACGAGAAGUACACGACUUUGUACUGGAGCAGUUCAGCAGCAGUCAGUCAGAACUGCAGAGGGUACUUCAUGACACUGGGGGGUUGCCAGGGGAACAGAGCCCCCUCAAGCUCCGUUGCCAAGCCAACGCAGCCUGUGUCGACCUCAUGGUGUGGGCUGUUAAAGAUGAGCAAGGAGCAGAGAAUUUGUGUACAAAGUUAUCAGAAAAACUACAAUACAAAACUUCCAGCAAAGUCAUCAUUGCCCACAUGCCCCUCCUUAUCUGCUGUUUACAGGGAAUUGGGCGUCUGUGUGAGCGAUUUCCAGUUGUGGCAAACUCGCUCACCACCUCACUUAGGGAUUUCUUGGUUGUCCCUUCGCCUGUUCUUAUUAAACUCUACAAGUACCACAGUCAGUACAGCACAGGUACAGGAGAAAUCAGGAUCAGUGUGACCAAUGAGUAUUCCCAGUCCACACUGAAUGUUCUGUCAAACAAAAAGGACCAACCAUCUAUGUAUGAGCAGCUCAGAGAUAUAUCCAUCGAUAACAUCUGCCGAGGUCUAAAGGCUGGUCUGACGAAAGACGAUGACAUUGUUAAAGCUUUUCUGGCCAGUUUAUCCAUUCGUCUUUACAUUUCACAGGAGAGUGACAAGGAUGCGCACCUAAUACCAGACCACACCAUUCGAGCCUUGGGCCACAUCGCUGUAGCUUUGAGAGAUACACCCAAAGUCAUGGAACACAUUCUUCAAAUCCUCCAACAAAAGUUUUGUCAGCCUCCAUCACAAUUGGAUGUCCUUAUAAUAGAUCAGCUCGGUUGCAUGGUCAUUACAGGAAAUCAAUAUAUCUACCAAGAGGUGUGGAACCUUUUCCAGCAGAUCAGUGUAAAAGCUAGUUCAGUGGUCUACUCUGCUACCAAAGAUUACCGGGAUCAUGGCUACAGGCACUGUUCUUUGGCAGUUAUCAAUGCUUUGGCAAAUAUUGCUGCCAACCUUCAAGGGGAGCAGCUCGUGGAUGAACUGAUGGUGAAUCUUUUAGAGCUGUUUGUCCAACUGGGUUUGGAAGGAAAGAGGGCCAGUGAGAGGGCCUCUGAUAAGGGGCCGGCUCUCAAAGCCUCAAGUAGCGCUGGAAACCUUGGAGUCCUCAUUCCAGUUAUUGCUGUGUUGACCCGAAGACUUCCGCCAAUCAAAGAGGCUAAGCCCCGCCUUCAGAAGCUGUUUCGGGACUUCUGGUUGUAUUCUGUGGUCAUGGGUUUUGCUGUGGAAGGCUCAG